AUUCAAUCAGCCAAUCAGAAUGAACUGAAUGAUUCGAAACAGUCGCGGGACGAGAUGAAAAGGAUAGAUUUGGUUCAGAUGUUUAAGUGCCCCAUUUAAAGCUGUCAUUUUUUGUGCUGCUGUGUAUCUGAUAACUGUUUAAGGAGCAAAACAUACAUCAUUGAUAUUGGAUAACAUCCAUCAUACAAAGAUGCCUAUUUACACUACACCUUCUAGAAAUGAUGCUGCUAUCUUUAGUUCGAUCCAUUUAUCAAAAAAACAUGCACUGACUGACUCUGUGAAAUAUAGUAACAGUAGUAUAGGACAGCAGACAAACUCUCAACCACAUGAUAAAAAUACACAGCAGUCAUCAGCCUUGAGCAAGAGCAGAAAAAUAAAUACUACUUAUGUUUUAUCGGCUUGUAAAAAUUCUACAGUAGGAGUAUUUGCUACGCCAAAAUCUGACACUACAUUAAGGCUUCAGAGGAGGAAGACUUCAAGCAGAGAACCUGCUGAUAAUCAAGAUGUCGUGACCAAUGAUACUGAAUAUGAUUCUGAAAAGGAGCAGCAGACAGAAAAGAAGCUUACACUUCAGCGUCGUACCAGAACAAGAUUGCUGAAUGCCUACUCUGACAAGAAUAAUACACCUAUCCAUGGUGAACCUUCUGUCUCACAGCAGGAUGUGCAGGUUACUCCAUUAUCUGCAUCUUCAGUUAUGUCUUCUAAAGUGCCAAAGGAUGCAGGCUUACACACAACACCUAAAAGCAACAACUUAUUUGGCUGUAAAGAUAGUCAACCGUUAUUAAACUACAACCCAGGCAUUGUUUCAGAAAGCACUGUCAUGAUGCCAACAUCCUCAUCUGGAUCUACACCAGUAUCCAGGUGGACACCUGGUAUGAAACUGAAUGGAAAACAAAAAGUUGGUCAUUUAACUGAAAAGACAAUGGUAAAAACACCAUAUAGUAAAAGUCAUGGUUUGGAAAGGUCAUGUACCCCAAAAAGCUUGGUUACUGAGGGAAUCAAGCCUUCCUCUAAGUUUAGUAACCCUCAAAUAUGCAACAACAUAAUGAAAAAUAUUUGGCAGAGACCAAAAAUGAGUACAGCAAAUACUUCUUGUUUUGGUGGAGAAAAAAAAGUACAAGUAAAUGAGACAUUGCAUCUAGUAUGCCCGUUACAUGAAAAGACAGACUGUACUGACUUGGUGCAUGAUCACUUAAAAAUAGAAAAUAGUGCUGUAACAGUGGCCGUGCGAGUAAGACCUUUCAACAGCAGGGAGAAAAGUGAAAAUGCAGUCCAGGUUGUUUUUGUAGAAGGGCAGGAGACAAUUGUGUACCACCCAGAAACCAGCCAACAAUAUAAUUUUGUUUAUGAUUACUCGUUUUCAUCGUUUGAUGAGACUAGUUCAGACUUUGCAAGUCAGGCAGAUGUGUAUAAGACUUUGGCUGCUCCUCUUCUGGAUAAGGCAUUUGAAGGAUACAAUACCUGUCUGUUUGCAUAUGGGCAGACUGCUUCUGGCAAGUCGUACACCAUGAUGGGGUUCAGUACAAAUAAUGGAAUCAUCCCAAGAUUUUGUGAACAGCUGUUUUCCAGAAUUGCUAAAUCAGAAACUCGUGAGGUGACAUACCAUCUAGAAAUGAGCUACUUGGAAAUUUACAAUGAAAAGAUCCAUGACCUGCUUGUAGUGAAAGAUGAAAAUGGACAGAAAAAACAAGCACUGAAAGUAAGAGAACAUCCUAUUCAUGGUCCAUAUGUUGAAGACUUGUCCACAAAUGUUGUGAGUUCCUUCUUGGAUGUUCAGAGUUGGCUUGAACUUGGUAAUAAACAGAGAGCUACAGCUGCUACAGGCAUGAAUGAUAGGAGUUCCAGGUCUCACUCUGUCCUUUCUCUUGUCAUGACGCAGAUUAAGACUCAACUUGUGGAAGAGGAGGAACAUGAACACAGAAUCAUCAGUCGUAUUAACCUAGUUGAUUUAGCAGGCAGCGAACGCUGUGGUGCAACUGAAACUACUGGGGAGAGAUUGAAGGAAGGAGUGAGCAUCAAUAAGUCGCUCUUCACCCUUGGAAAAGUUAUUUCUGCACUUUCAGAGUACUCUGAAACAAGAAAGAAUAUGUUUAUUCCUUACAGAGAAUCCAUACUAACAUGGUUGCUGAAGGAGAGUCUUGGUGGUAACUCUAAGACAGCAAUGAUUGCCACAGUUAGUCCAGCUGGAAGCAGUGUUGAAGAGACACUAAGUACCCUCCGCUAUGCCAGGCAAGCUCGCAAGAUUAUCAAUACAGCCAAAGUCAAUGAAGACACCAAUUCCAAGAUAAUCAGAGAACUGAAAGCUGAAAUAGAGAAACUGAAAACUGCUCAGAUGAGUAGUCAGGGAAUUGAUAUGGAAACCUUCAUGUUGUGCCAGCAGGAGAUCAAAACCUUGAGGAAGAAGCUAAGCCAGAUGGAGAAGGAUAUGAUAGAAGCACAGAGGAUCUGGAAGGAGAAAUUAGAGCAAGCAGAAAAACGUAAAUCUGAAGAAACAAAAGAAUUACAGAAAGUGGGAAUUUCCUUCAAAGUGGACAACAAAUUGCCAAGCUUGGUAAAUAUAACUGAGGAUCCCCAGCUGUCAGAGACACUUCUUUAUGUAAUAAAGGUGGGACAGACUAAAGUGGGCAAACUUGCACCCACUUCCACUCAUGAUAUACAGCUGUCUGGUGCACUUAUUGCUGAGGACCAUUGUGUAAUUACACAUGAACAUGGUACAGUGAACAUCUCUCCAGCCGGAACAGCAAAGACCUAUGUUAAUGGACAGCUUAUUUUGGCCUCAACAGUUCUUCGUCAUGGUGAUCGAGUCAUUCUUGGUGGAGAUCAUUAUUUCAGGUUUAACCAUCCAGUGGAAGUUCAACAAGUAAAAAAAUAUACUCAUGAAAGUGUGCUUUCAAGUGAUGUCAGAAAAGAUUAUGAGUAUGCAAAAUCAGAAUUACUGGCUGGACAAAGAGCACAGCUUGAAGCAGAAAUUAAGGAGGCUCAAGUUCAAGCCAAGAAGGAGAUGAUGCAGGGCAUCCAGCUUGCACAACAGAUGGCUGAAAAAGAGCUUUCCCAUUUGAAAGCAUAUUAUGAAAAUAAAAUGAAAGACCUUCAACUUCAACUGGAGACGGAAUCUCAAAAGAAAGGAGCUCUAGAAUUCUGUAACCAAGAAGCUGCUUCCAAAAUAGAAGAGCUACACAAAAUAAAGGAACAGCUAGAACAGCAGGUACAUUUAAAUGAAAAACGCCUAAAAAUGGAAACGAUGGCAACAAGACAGGCACUGGAGGACCACAAUUUACGACAUACAAAAAUUAUUGAGGCCCUAGAGUCUGAAAAGUGUAAAAUUGCAGAUGAAGUAGCAAAGCUGCAACAGGCCAGAUAUCAGAAGACAAAGGAUUUGCAUUGUGCUUCAUCAUGCACUCUGCCUAACUGGAAUUCUAUGAAGCUAUCUAUGAUGAUCCAGGAAGCCAACACAAUCAGCCAUAAACUAAGAAAGGACAUUGUUUUUAACAGGCAUGAAGCAUCGGAUAAAGGAAACAGUGACACUUCAGUACGAGUUCGAAAUACCAAACUUGGGAUUUCAACGUUUUGGAGCUUGGAGAAGUUUGAGUGUAAAUUAGCAGAAAUGAGGGAGCUGUAUGAAACACAUGCUGGCAACAAAGAUGAUGAUAUUUUUUAUGACCCCAAUGAUGAAUGGGAGCCUGAUAUUUCAUCUGCAUCAGCAGCAGCAUCAUUUUCCAGGAGAAGAAGUCGGAGUCUGAUGAAGAACCGUAGAAUAUCAGGAUGCUUAUAUGAAAUAAGAGUGCAUCCAAUUCAAAGUCUACAGUUUUCAAACCAUUCAGGUCUACUUAAUGCAUCAAAGCCUCUGUGCACAAAUGUUUCUGAACCAAUUCUUCCUACUGUUUGUAAAGAUCACAUUAGUUCAGCACUGACAUAUCUUGGGAAGAGUCAUUUGCUACAGGAAAAUGUGGCUGACAGAAUAAUUAAAGACUUGAUAACUGUGCGUUCUGCUGUGAACAACAUUGCACAUGCCUACAACCAUCAAGAUGAGGAAUGCCAAGAAAAUCUUUUUUCUAGUGAUCGUUCUGUACAAUUUGAAUGUGUCAGACUGACAUCAGCUGUUGAAAGGAUGGUAGUGUUGACAAAGCAGUGGUUAGACAGCAUCCCACAAUGUACAGAUGUGAGGAAGACAGAUGAAGCAUUGAAAGAUGAUAUGAAGAAGUUAGGUGGAUAUUUGCAGUUACUUUUACAGGGCUGCUGUUCUGAUAUAUCCUCAUUGGUGACUGAGGCACAUGACAAAACCAACCAGGUACUGGAGCAAACCCUAAGGCAUAUAGGAUUCCUGGUGGUCUUAGCAGGAACAGAACUACACCUUACAGAAGAAACAGGCUGCAAAGAGAGGAACUUCUCAUCUGCUUUUUAUGAUGGACUAGGCAAUGGAUUAAAGACCAUAUUGGCCAGUGGCUUUAAAAGGGCAAAGAUGAUCCAAGAGGACAUUCCAACAGUUGACUCAGAGUGUGAGGUUUUACAUCUGGGGAAGAAUACUGUUGAAGCCUUCAGCAUAUGUAUUCAAAACUUCUUAAAUGAAUACUACAAGAAGGAUGUCAAAGCCAUCUUCCAAGCCAAAGAUGAGGAGGAGAAGGAAUACAGCUUUCCUGACCUGAAGAUCAUACAUGUCCUAUGCGUUGAUGCAUUCAAGAUGACCGAAAGCAUUGCACAGUUCAGUGAUAUUGCUGUGUGUGCUUUAAAAGGAUCUUCUGGAAACAUUAGUCAGCUCAGAGGUUGUGUUGAUGCCAUUUGCUGCAUUGCAAGAAGACUGAAUGAUGGAUUUAAUUCAUUUCCUAGUACUUUCCAGCCUACGACAGGCAGCACACAAACCAACAUAUGCAACUCUGGUGCAGAAGGAAGCAAAACUGAUUUAGCCAAACUUGAUGCUGUUGCAAAGUCAGUAUGUAGCUUUUUAAGUCAGCUGCUGGGAGGAGUAAAGGAUACUCCUGAGGAUUCCCUGAAUAAUAGUGGGCAUCAUUUAAUGCACAACAGAAAACUUCAUGAAACAGACAGCAGUGGAUUAUCUUCAAGAAACAGAAUAGUUCCAAAGCAUAUUUAUAAAUUUGUGUCAGAAACUUGAAACUUAGAUAUGGUUUCUUCUGAUGAC